CCGUAUCAGAUUUCGAAACUUUAAAAACAGAAAUAAUGCUGUUUUUGUUUUAGACCGCUGUCUCUGUCUGUCAAAAGAAGUACUACUGAUAUAUCAUUGUAAUGGCUAAUACUUACGGCAUUGUAAGCAGUGGGAUUAUUUCCCGGUCACUUUUUAAGCAACUUUCAAUUGGAAAAUGUCAGUCAGCUUUUAAAUCGAGACGUUUUGCAGUUUCAUCUUCUAGUUAUUUGGCUUCUGAACCACAAGGACCUAAAGUUGUCACUGCAGAGGUUCCAGGACCUAAAAGCGUAUCUUUAAAAAAUGAACUUAGUCAGUUGCAAAACUCCGCAGCUGUGCAGCUUUUUAUCGAUUACAGCCAAUCGUAUGGCAAUUAUAUACGCGACGUUGAUGGAAAUACAUAUUUGGAUGUAUAUAAUCAAAUCUCUUCCUUGCCGCUUGGCUACAACCAUCCUGCUAUGAUAAAUGCAGUGACAAAUCCAGCCAAUCUUGAGGCAUUUGUCAAUAGACCGGCAUUGGGGAUUUUACCUCCAAGUAAUUUUGUUGAGAAGUUGAAUACUACGCUUAUGUCUAUUGCACCUCCUGGAUUAAAAGAAAUCCAGACCAUGGCUUGUGGAUCUUGUUCGAAUGAAAAUGCCUAUAAAGCUGUUUGUUUUUGGUACAGGAAUAAGGAACGUGGGGGUAAACCACCUACGCAACAAGAAUUGGAUAGUUGCAUGAUUAAUCAACUACCUGGUGCUCCUGACUUAAGCAUUCUCUCUUUUAUGGGAGGUUUUCAUGGGCGUACUUUUGGUGCAUUGGCAACUACCCAUUCAAAACCCAUCCAUAAGUUAGAUGUCCCGUCAUUUGAUUGGCCCAUUGCCCAUUUUCCUAAGUAUAAGUAUCCAUUAGAAGAACAUACUAAAGAAAAUGCUGCAGAAGACGCGAAGUCCUUAGCUCACGUGGAAGAGCUAAUUGAGCAGUACAAGAAAAAACGACCUGUUGCUGGUUUAAUUGUUGAACCCAUACAAGCUGAAGGGGGUGAUAAUCACGCAUCAGACGAUUAUUUCCGCAAACUGCGCCAACUUUGCCUGAAGAAAGGAGUUGCUUUUAUCUGUGAUGAAGUUCAAACUGGUGGUGGACCCACUGGUAAGUUUUGGGCUCAUGAGCAUUGGGGACUCGAUGUACCACCCGAUGUUGUUACCUUUAGCAAAAAAAUGUUAACCGGCGGUUACUACUACAGAGAAGAAUUCAGACCUAAGGAAGGAUAUAGAGUUUUUAAUACUUGGCUCGGUGACCCUUCUAAAAUGGUGUUAUUGCAAGAAGUCGUAAAAGUUGUUAAAGAGCAGAAUCUUUUGAAAAAUAUGGAAAUGACUGGAAAGCAUUUAAUGUCUGGAUUGAUGGAUACUCAAAAGAGACAUUCAAGUAAACUGUUUAACGUUAGAGGUAGAGGUACAUUCACUGCAAUGGAUUUUGUUAAUCCUGAAACAAGAGAUAAAGCAAUAAAACUUCUUCACAAAAGAGGUAUUCAUUGCGGUGGAAGUGGUAAACAAACACUUAGAAUAAGAACGGCUUUGAUUUUUGAAUUAAAACAUGUCGAUAUUUUCCUAGACCGUUUAAACCAAGUAUUAGCAGAAGGAGUUUAAAUUGCUUAUGCAAAUUUAAAAAAAAGAGAUGUCCUUGUUAUGUAUAUUUAGAAAAAAAGUUUAAUGUUUCUAUAUUCAAAUUCCUAAAUAAAAAUAUAUAAUUUUAUAUUUUUUCAAUAAAAUUAUUAGUAUUUUCUCUGUGAUUUUCAAUUUAAAGAGCUCGUAGGAAAAAUAAAUUUUUUAAAAAAAAUUUGAAAUUGCUAAUAGGUUUUAAUAGUACAAUAAUUUACUUAGAAUACUAUUACCUUGCAAUUCAUACUUCGUUGGAAAUUAUUUUUUUCGAUAAUUUUAUCUUCAAAUUGUCUAUUAUAAAAUAAGCUUCUUUUUAUCAACUUAAAUAUUUCCUCUAUUUUAUUAUUUCUACUUGCAUUUGAAAUAUGUCUUUAGUUUUUGUCUAGUUUAUUUCUGACGUUUUAAAUCUGUCUAAUUGAAGUUAAGUAGUUUAUUUUUAAGCCGAUAGAGUAAUAAUUAUGAAAUUUGCAUUUUUGUUUACUACUCCACCGAAUUUAUUGUUAUUAAUCAAUCAACCAUUCUUUUACACAAACUGUGUUAUAUUUUUUAUUGUAAUUGCGUGCAUAUUUUAUUCAAGUGUUCGUUACUUAUUAAUGAAUAAUUUUUUCAUGAUAACUUUUUGAACAAGUUUUUCAACAGGAAGAUAUUGUCAUAACAUUGCAGAAUAAAAUAUAAGAUCUAAUAGGAGAUUACGCCAUUGAAUGCAACUAAAUUUAACUUUUUGAUCACUAAUUUUUUUUCUUACCUGCACUAAUUCUUCAACUGCUGACUAUUUGGGGAAACAAAAUAAAAUACUGUCGUUAUGUUCUUCCUCUAUAAUUCAUUUUCCUUUUUCUGUUAUGUCAAAUAAACUGUGUAUGAUAGAAAAGUUUUUAUGCAAAUUUUCUCAAAUACCUGACUGAUGAUGUGUGUUUUAAUUAUCAUGAUUUGUAAAGUGAUUUGAAAAGAUUGUAGAUUUUCAAUUAUUUUUUUUCUCACUCCGUUAUUUUAGUUACUGAUAAUUUGUUCAACUGCAGUGGUAAGUUGAUGUUUGAGAUAUUCAAUCCUUGUUGUUGAACAGCUUCGUUACAUUUCAACAGCUAUUUUAGUCAAUAGGUAUUUUAUCUUGUAUCAUCGUGAGAAAAAAAUUAAAUGGUGCUCGAAGUUGAAGUAUGAAAAUUGAUUGACGUUCAACAUUAAACAAAAAAUAAAACAAUGUUCUCUGCUGCUUUUUGUUGCUUUAUCAUAUGCAAAUAAUUUAUUAUGAUUUUAUUUUAUUGUUUUAUGAAAAUCGAAAUGGUGCUUAAAAAAUAUAUGCAUUGAAUUAUUUAUGAAUGUUUUUUAUGAUUGGUGGUAUAUGGAAAAUUUUUGUUGCAGCUGUGUAAAGUAGCUUGUAAUUGUAUUUUUAUAAUCUAUAAUUAGGAUCAGAUGUUUAUUAUAUUUUAUAAUAAUAAUGAAUGAUGAGUUUUGACUUAAGCCUUUUAAAAGUGAAAGGUUAUCUUAGUGUUAUCCCAGUUAGUAAAAUUCCUUUUUUGUUAUUUCUUAAAUUGUUAUAAAUGUUUUAGCAUAUGAAAUCAAUGAAAACUUUUUAGAAAAUUGUUAGAAAUGAAAUUUGUGUUGUAAGUGAUUAUAUAUGUAUGUUGCCAAAUUAUUAUCUAAAUCAGUGAAUAAUAUUAUGAAAGUGUUUAAAUUUUCUUAAUAAGGGAUCAAUAAAAAUUAAAUAAUUUUUUUUAUCAGUUUUUAAAUCUUUUAGAGGGAAGGAGAGAGGCAAACUUAUUUAUUAAUUUUCCCUGCUUAAGAAAAAUGUGCCAUGCUUUUAUGAUUUAUUUUUAUCCUUCCUUUUUCAUUCUAUUUUUUUCCGUUACAUUUUACAAUAUUUAAAAAAACUAUAUGAUAACUCUAAGUUUGUAAUGAUGCCCAUGUUAUAGAUAUUUUAAAGCUUAAAACUUGUGAUGAAUAAAAUAUAUUCUUAAACUUCCAUUUUUAUCAAUUCGAUGUCAAUGUUGUGUGUCUCUUUAAUGAUGAGGUGUUUAGCUUACAGUGAUUUUAAACUUUUAAACUGAAAGAGGAAAACAUAAUAAAAUAUAAUAAUAAUAAAUCUAAAAGAAAUAAUAAAUCUAAAUAAUAAACACUAAUUUUUCUGUUUGUAUAAAAGAUUGCUAUUACUUAAUGUUUAUUUUCAUUAUUUUUCAAAAUUGCUGAAAAUGCAAAAUUUUUUUUGUGGUGAAUAACUUAAAUAUUUAAAAUAUUUUCUAUCCAACUACUUUGCAGUACUCUAUUUAUAUAGAGUUUUAUCCCGUUUUUAAGUAUUAUAUAAAAUCUAUAAAUGCACCUGUAAUUAGAUUUUCAGAUUUAUUUAAUUCGUGAGUUUUCCGUUACAAAAAUAAAUCCAAGAAAACUUCCUUUAACGACCGCCUCUAAAUAAAUAAAUUCAAUUUCUAAUCGGAACUACUCGUUAAAAUUUCUUUAACAGUGAUCAGUAAUAAUGAGUGCCAUUAAUGGCUUAAUUCAGAGAGUUCGAUGUGCCACUAUUUUGUUAUAUUAACCUUUUACACUCUGAAUAUUUUAAUAUGCUGAUUGAACUAAUGUAAACUUUAAAUGAUUUAAAAUAUAUGCUAUUAUAUUAUUAUAGAAUUUCUAUAUAAGUGGUUAAUAAAGUGGGUCAUCUAAAAGUGCUAAGUGGAUAAAAUAGUGUGGUUACUAAUUAUUAAGAGUGGUAACUUUUAAUGUUUACUCAGGGGUGAUAUUGGAGUGUAAAAGGUUAAACCUUUCUGUAACAACACAAUUUAUGUUUGCAUUUUAUGUGUGUUAUUAAUGUUUUUUCAUGUGUUUACUUAUUAUAAAUGCUCUUCAUUCUGAUAAUAAAUGUUUUUAGCAUUUACCAUGAAA